AGUGAUCGUCGAGAGGUUUCGGGCCUUUCGCUUGCUGAGGCCAUCGGGGCACUCGCUUCCUUGUGCGUAUCGAUGUUCAGGUAAAAGUGAAUGCCGAUCGACUCGAGUUGUAUGUUUUUGAGGCAGUUGUUCGGAAACCGAACCCGACUACCAGGCUCGUGAGCUGGGCGAAGGAGUUGGCAUAAGCAACCCUGGUAAGAUGGAGGGAGGAUGAUAAAUAAUCAUCUUGUGUAUCCCGAAUUGCAUCUUUCCGUCCCGUCUCUCAAGCGUCAUCGUCCGCAGCCAAGAAACGAAGGUCUCUGAAAAGUGCCGUCAGUCGGGUCCCAGUGUCUUCACAUUCACUUCUUUUCUCCGCAUCAACAGACAUCAUGGCCAGAGCGUUGAGACUUCUGGCGUCCUGCGCCUUGUUCUCCCAAGCCCUUGCGCACUCCCGCAUCCUGUACCUCAUCAUCAACGGACAGCAGUAUCGAGGAUUCAAUCACCAUGCUCCCGAUGCAAUCAGCAACAGCAUCGGCUGGUCGACAAGCGCCGUCGACGAUGGCUUCGUGACGCCGUCCAACUACUCGAACCCCGAUAUUAUCUGCCACCGCGACGGCAAACCAGCCAAAGCCCAUGCGCCCGUCAAGGCAGGAGACAAGAUUCAGGUGCAAUGGAACGGCUGGCCCCAAUCUCACAAGGGCCCCGUCUUGUCGUACCUAGCCCCCUGCGCCAACACCACAGACGGAUGCGCUUCGGUAGACAAGAACAAGCUGUCAUGGACCAAGAUUGAUGACUCGUCACCAGUUCUGCUUGACGAAAAAGGUGGCCCACCCGGUAGAUGGGCAACCGACGUUCUUAUUGCCCAGAACAACACUUGGCUGUUGGGGUUGCCGAGCGAUCUCGAGCCGGGACCGUAUGUGCUACGUCACGAGCUAAUCGCACUGCACUACGCCAAUCUGAAGGACGGAGCGCAGAACUACCCGCAAUGCGUGAACUUGUGGGUGGAGGCUCCUGGGCCAAAGACCGCAACGGUCGGCAAGGAGGAAGUGGUGGUAGCCGGACAGAAAGAAGGGGUGCCGGCUACGGCGCUGUAUAAGACCACGGACCCGGGAGUGGUCAUCGAUAUCUAUACGGCGCUGUCGACGUAUGUGAUCCCGGGGCCAACGGUGGCGCCCGAGGCGAAGCCGGUGCCGGUGACGGAGCAGGGACUGAAGAGUACCAUCACGGCAGUGGGGACACCGGUGGUAGUGACGCGGGCAACGGCGACGGUCCCAUUGCCCAAUGGAAAGACGGCGGCAGCGUUCAAAGGUUGAGGUCCACGGCUUCGAGGCUGUCUU